AUGAAUUCCUCCGGGAACCCGGGUCCUAGUGAUCCGGAAUCGCCUCCCGCGCAGUCGGCCGCUGGUGCGGCUGAGAUCCAAGAGUCCAGUGCGGGCGCGUCCUCUCACCUAGCCUCCGCGCCGGACGUUCCCCCUCCUGAGGGCUCUGAGCUCGCUGAAAGUGCCGACGCGACGAAGAAGCACCAUCUGUUACUCCCAAUCCCAUCGCGACGGUCCUCUAAGGCGGAUAAACAAUCAACGGAGAAAACCGAGGAGCCCACCCGGGACGAACCAGGUCGCAGAGGCUCCAAAGUCAGUCUCCUGAAGGUGAGACGGGAUCGCAGCCGGGCCAGUAGCCGGCGCUCGCGACGGACGGAGGACGUGGCAAAUGUGGAAAAGAGCCAGGAAACGACCACCCCAACUACGCCGGAGAUGCAAGGCCCUGCGAAGUCUCAGCAGAAGAAGGGGUCCAAGCUGUUGUCAUUCCUGAGCUGCUGCUCCGCAUCGAACGAUCUGGAUGAAGAUGAUACGACUCUUGCUCCGAAGCAGACUGCGAGGCGGCCCCCAGUUUCGAAUCGCCUUCCGUCCCCCGAAAAAGCGGAAGCGCAUACCGGCGAUUCGAGUACGGCUGAAUCGCGGGACCCAGCCUAUUUUGGAGAUGAGAAAGCCAUUACCGUGAGCGCAGAUCAAUCGCAACCCCAAGAGGAGGAGCGUAGCUCUCAUGUGCCCACCGAUAUGCCAGACGAGGGGGUUGCCACAGGUGUUGGCCUGCCUGCCGCUCUGGAAAGCUCACAUGAUCACGAUGAUACUGCUGUGUCUUCGAAUGGAGUCAUACCGGAGUCAAAGGCCGAUAGCCAGCACCCGGUUGAACAGGCAAUGAAUGAGGUGUCCACGCCCGCGGAGGUGAUACCCAAGCAGCCCGUGAAUGGAGAAACGGAAGGCUCGGCGCAUGAAGAGGAAGUCAAACAGCAAACUAUAGGGAUCCCACCUCCACCGCCACCGCCCAUUCCCCCAGUUCCCGAGCCUCCUCUGGCACAGGAACCUGGUGAACAUCAGCAGUGGCUGCUUCCUCCGCCUCUGCCUCACUUGCAGAAUCGUAAAUGCUUGGUCUUGGAUCUUGAUGAAACAUUGGUGCAUAGUAGCUUUAAGGUUCUCGAGCGUGCCGAUUUCACUAUUCCAGUGGAGAUUGAAGGACAGUAUCACAACAUUUACGUGAUCAAACGGCCUGGUGUCGAUCAAUUCAUGAAGCGGGUUGGUGAACUAUAUGAAGUGGUGGUGUUCACGGCGUCUGUCUCCAAGUAUGGUGAUCCACUGUUGGAUCAGCUGGACAUUCAUAAUGUGGUUCAUCACCGGUUAUUCCGUGAGAGUUGCUACAACCAUCAAGGAAACUACGUCAAGGAUCUUUCCCAAGUUGGUCGUGACCUCCGCGAAACCAUCAUCAUUGAUAACUCUCCCACUUCCUACAUCUUCCAUCCUCAACAUGCAAUUCCCAUCAGCAGCUGGUUCUCUGACGCCCACGACAAUGAACUACUUGAUCUCAUUCCUGUUCUCGAAGAUCUUGCCGGGGCGCAGGUUCAAGAUGUCAGCAUGGUCCUGGAUAUUACCCUGUGA